AUGACAUUGGAAGAUUUUGAAAAAGAAUUGGCGGAGAAUAAGAGGAAGGAGAAGGAGAGAGAAGAGAGGGAGCUCGAACGAUCGAAGCGAAGACAUCGACACCGCAGUGACCGCGACAGAGAACGAAACAGAGACCGCGACGAGGACAAGCACCGCUCCCAUAGACACCGGCACCGCGAUGACGAUGACGAGAGACGCAGACACAAACGAUCUCGGCAUUCAACGAGUAACGGUGAAGACAGGGAGCACGGCCAUAAGCGACACCAUCGGGACAGGAGUGCUGAAAGGAAAGAUGAUGCAGAGGAACCAAAAGAACCCGUUAUAGAGCAGGAUGGGGAAACCAAGCUGCAGAGAGAUACGUGGAUGGAAGGGCCGUCAGCCCUUGAUAUCGAUUAUAUACAUCGACCCAAGGAGAAGCCACAGGAGCCCUCGACAGCUCGAAUGCUACAGGUUGACUUUGGAACAAAGCUACACGAGAAAGAGCUGAAUCGACACCUUCUCGACGUUGCAAAGGAUGCAGGGGCUUCUCCAUCUUCUGAUACCGUGCAAAAAGGUGACCCGGCGGAGGUAGACUACACAUUUGGCGAUGACGGGGCACAAUGGCGCAUGACGAGGCUCAAGGCAGUGUUCAGACAGGCGAAGGAGACCGGCCGGACGGUCGAGGAGGUGGCCAUAGAACGAUAUGGUGAUCUACGGUCGUUUGAUAAUGCUAGGGAGGAAGAGAUUGAGCUGGAUCGGAGAGACAGGUACGGCAAGGAUUAUGUUGGAAAGGAGAAACCUUCAGGAGACCUUUUCAAAGAGAGGAAGCUGGAUAUGGAAUCAACCGGUGAAGAUGACACUGGAGAUAGCCAACGACAGGUCUCGGGUGGGCGCAACGAUGCUCCCAUACAGGGACAGCGGAUGGAAACCGAACCAGCACCGCGAGAAACGAAAAUACUCGACGCAAGUUCCCUCAACAAGCUAAAGGCUCAAAUGAUGAAGGCGAAGCUAAGGCGGGCCCCUGAUGCAGCUGAGCUCGAAGCUCAAUAUAAUGCAGCGGUUGCGGGAGCUGCAAACCAGAAAGAGUCUGACGUCGUCGUGCUUGGAGUCAUGGAUAAUCGCAUGCUAGCUGGCGGCAAUCGAGGAGAAGUUCGCGCGGUAGAAACCAAACGAGGUAGGGAGAGAAGUCAGGUUGAGGAGAAUGAGGAUAUGAGCAUUGAAGAUAUGGUUCGUGAAGAGCGCAGGAACCGUGGAGGUGGAGGAGAGGGACAGCGGUUUGCUGAACGCAUAGCCAAAGAUGCCAAAUUCGACAAUGACCUUGAUUACAUGGAUGAAAACGCUUCAAAGCUGGCGAAGCGAAUACACAAAUCGGAAAUCAACAUUAAAAACACAUCCAUAAACGAGUUCCAGAAGAUGAAUCGAAUCCUAGACACUUGUCCACUAUGUCACCACGAAGAUACAGGGAAGCCGCCUCUUGCACCCGUGGUAUCACUGGCAACUCGCGUCUAUCUUACUCUCCCUACAGAACCCGAGCUGAGCGAUGGCAGCACAUGCAUCGUACCCAUCCAGCAUCGAAGUAAUCUCCUAGAAUGUGAUGACGACGAAUGGGAGGAGAUCCGUAACUUUAUGAAAUGUCUAACUCGGAUGUAUCAUGACCAGGGACGAGACGUCAUCUUCUACGAGAACGCAGCCAGGCCGGGCCAGAAGCGACACGCAGCCAUGGAAGCAGUGCCACUCCCUUACAGCCUCGGAGAAACAGCUCCUGCUUUCUUCAAGGAAGCAAUCCUCUCUGCGGACGAAGAAUGGACUCAGCAUAAGAAAGUCAUCGACACGCUUGCCAAAUCACGACAAGGCGGCGGGAAGCUCGCGUUCCGCAAUACGUUGUCGAAGGAGAUGCCUUAUUUCCAUGUCUGGUUCGAACUCGACGGCGGUCUAGGGCAUAUCGUCGAAGACACCAAUCGAUGGCCGAAAGGCGACCUCUUUGCGCGUGAGAUAAUCGGGGGCAUGCUCGACUUGGGUCCUGAAGUGAUUAAGAAGCAAGGGCGGUGGCGUCAAGGAACUGAUAGGAGGAUGGACGGAUUCAGGAAACGGUGGAAGAAAUUCGACUGGACGAGAGUGUUGACGGAGGAGUAA